AUGAAGCACAGUCAGAUGUCUUUGGAGCGGCCGCUGUACAGAGGCAGCCAGGCCACUCUGUCGGGGAGGUGGGCGCCCCCUGGUGGAGGGGAGGUGGACGAGCUCGGUCGCCCAGCGUUGUGGAGUGAGGGAGACGAGCCUGAGCGAGAGGAGCUUGAGCGAGAGGAGCGGAGGACGAGGGUGGAGUCCGACCUGAAGACCAGCAACAUGUCACUGGACUCUGGUCUGCCCUUGUCUCUAAAGCCACACCCAGAGGAAGUCCUGGUCCCGUGUCGAGAGCUCCCACACCUCCGCCAGGCGCCGCCCUCCCCCCACAUGCCUCCCUGGACUCCCCCCUCCCCUCUGCGGUGGACCCCCCCAGGCCCCCCAGACGAGGACACAGACAGCAGCUGUUUCCAGAUCGCUGAAGCUCUGCACAAUCACUUUUACUACAGCAACGGGCAGCUCAGGCCCCGCCCACAUUCCAACGCCAUCCUCCUGCAGCCGAGCCGACAGGGCUCUGUGGUCCGGACCAGCUCCUGA